AUGAUCCUCAGGAAUGCCCUACUCCUGGGCAUUUGGGCCGGCCUCUCCUGCGCAGGCGCAUUGAGACGCACCGCAGAAAGCGCAACAGUCACUCUCGCUCACCCCCAAGCCACCGUGUUAGGAAACGCGAAAGGCAGCGUCGAAACCUUCAACGGAAUCCCAUAUGCCGAGCCCCCAACUGGAUCUCGUCGACUGAGGCCUCCGCAGCGCCUGACGCGGUCUCUGGGUGUUUUUGACGGCACAAAGUCUGCGGCGUCAUGUCCCCAGUUCCCUGCGUCCCCUGAAAGCAAGAAUUUUCUAGAGAAGAUCGUUGGAACCGUCGCGAAUCUGCCCCUUGUCCAGGAGAUCUCGGGGCAGUCGGAGGACUGUCUAACGAUAAAUGUGCGACGGCCAGCGGGGGUUUCCAGCGAUGCGAAAUUGCCGGUGUUUUAUUAUAUUUUCGGCGGUGGAUUUAUGGCCGGUUCGUCGUCGUCGGUUGAUGGGGCUAGUAUGGUCGAGUACGGCGUGAGCAUCGGGAAGCCGUUCAUCUUCGUCGCAGUCAACUACCGCGUGGGCGGAUUCGGGUUCCUCGCAGGCAAAGAAAUUCUUGCUGAUGGCGCGUCGAAUCUGGGGCUUCUUGAUCAGCGCCUGGGUCUCGAAUGGGUGGCAGAUAAUAUUGCGUCCUUUGGGGGCGAUCCUGAGAAAGUGACCAUUUCAGGUGGAUCAGCCGGAGCUAUGUCGGUGCUUGACCAUAUGGCGUUAUUCGACGCAGAUUACAGUUACAAGGGCAAGCCGCUGUUCCGGGGCGCGAUUAUGGGCUCUGGGAAUGUUUUACCUGCGGAGCCGGUUGAUAGUGCUCGGGCGCAGGGGUUGUAUGACACUGUCGUGGAGACAGGGGGGUGUGCCAACGAGACGGAUACACUGGGAUGUCUGAGAGGGCUAGACUAUCAGGACUUCCUCAAUGCUGUCACCGCACCGGCGGGCUUUGUUUCGUACAGCGGGAUUGCGUUUUCUUAUCUCCCCCGUCCGGAUGGCCAUAUCCUCCCCGACAGCCCUGAUAUACUCGUUCAGCAAGGCAAAUACGCCCCGAUUCCCUUUAUUGUCGGGGACCAAGAAGAUGAGGGAACGAUAUUCGGUCUCUUCGCGCCUAAUGUCACAACCAGAGAAGAUCUGAUUCGCUACUGCAAUGAGUCUCUCUGGCACAGCGCCACCGAAGAGCAAAUCACCGAGCUCGUGGACACAUACAAUACCGGUGCCGCCGCUGUCAGAGAAGGCAGCCCAUUCCGCACAGGGGAGCUGAACGAGGUCUUCCCUGGGUUUAAACGCCGCGCCGCCCUAAUCGGCGACACCUUCUUCACGCUGUCUCGAAGGGCCUUCCUAGACGUCGCGAAUGACGUCCACCCGGAGGUCCCGUCCUGGUCGUAUCUUUCCAGCUAUGCUCACGGCACGCCCAUCCUAGGAACCUUCCACGGGACUGAUAUGCUGCAGGUGUACAACGGCUUUCCUGAUAACGUUGCUGCGAGAAGUACGCGUACCUACUUCAUUAACUUUAUUCAUUCCCUGGACCCGAACGCGGACCUGGCUGAUGAAUAUCCGGAAUGGCCGCGGUGGGCGAAGACCAGGGAGCUGGUCAAUUUCGCCAGCGACAAGACGACUAUCCUGGCGGAUGAUUUCCGGAGUGAUAGUUACAACGUUAUCAAGAAGAUUCGUGGCGCCUUGCGGCUGUAA